UUCGUAUCACAAAACCAUGUGAUAAGAUAACAAGUGAUAACAUCAAUUACUAUAGAUUUGAUAACAUGUAAACUUCGGGUUAUUGAUAACAAGUAGGAAAUGAAAAACAAAUGUACAUUUAGACUUAAGAGGUAUGUUGUAUUUUUUGGUAAAAUUGUAUUUUGAAAACGUAUAAAUAGCGACCUUAAACAGAGGUCAGCUACUGGAAAUUGUUUUUGAUAUUUUAAUAUGUUUGAUACACUGUCGACUCAACUACGUGUCUCGUGAUUAUUUAUUAAACGUCAAACAAUCAACUAUGGCACAGCAACUGUCCGGUGUUACGGUGGUCAUAAUCAUAGCCAUCGGCAUACUGACUUUCAUAUUGCUAUUCAUAUUUGCAAAACGACAAAUCAUGCGAUUCGCUUUAAGGUCAAGAAGGGGUCCGCAUGUACCUAUAGGCCACGAUGGUAAAAAGGUUCUCAAGAGAGAAAUUGAACGUCGCAUAGAGGUAAUCCCGAAAAUUGCUUUCGAACCCAACCUUUUGGCCAGCCAACAAGACGACGAUCGCUCAAAAUAUAUUUUACCGCCAACUGAACCAAACGAGAAACCGUUACCAGCACAUUUUUAUCGAAUGAAAGCAUGUGAUGAUAUUAAAAAACUUGAACAUGAAAUCAUAAAACAAGAUAGAACAUUAACUCGACAUCCGAAUGAGAACUUGCGUUCAUACUUACUCAAUAAUUUAGCGGUCCUUAUAGACGGUAGUGGACAACACAUUGUUCAUCAGUUCUGCGAUUUCUAUGAACAUGCACGUUACGAUCCAAAUGAGUUUUCCGAGGAUGAAUAUCUUUCGUUCACUAGGUUAUUGAAAAAAUUGAUAGACAUCUCUAAAUUAUUGAAAUCAUAUACUGGCGACAGUCGAAAAAACAGUCCAAACAAGACGCCAAGUCGCAAUAACAACAUGAGAACGGGAAAUGGCGAUGGAUCAAAUCGUUCAAAAGUUAUUUAAUUAAUGUUGACUGUAGUUAAGUAGGGGAAUUUUAUUUUUGAAUUGGCUUUAGUUUUUUUAUAAUGUCCAAUGUAAAUAUAAAUUAUUUGUUUUUAUGUAUAAAACAUAUAAGACUGAUGUUUUUUUUAUUAAUUUUUAAGUCAAAGAAAAAUUAAAUUAAAAUUAGUAUUAAAUAGCAUAUAAUAAAUACCUUAAAAAAAAAAUGUACUUU